UUAGAGAAGCAAUCAACUGGGUUUUGGUCAGAUGGUCUGAAGAAAGCAAUGAAUGAUCCAGAACUUAAACUAUUCGAGGAUGACCAUAUCACCAUCAUCAAAGACAAAUAUCCAAAAGCAAAACAUCACUACUUAGUUCUGCCAAAGGAUAAUAUAGCCAAUUUGAAAGCAUUGAAUUCAUCCCACAUUCCUCUGUUGAAACACAUGCAUGACAAAGCACUUGACCUUUGUAAAAACUCAGAAUCAAAAUGGUCAUUUAAAUUUGGUUACCAUGCUAUACCAAGCAUGAGUCACAUUCACUUGCAUGCCAUAAGCAAAGAUUUCAAUUCAACUUGCCUAAAAACGAAAAAACAUUGGAACUCCUUCAACACUGAGUACUUUAUUGAAUCAUCUGAUCUGAUUAAGAAGCUUGAGAUCGAAGGAUCAGUCAGUUAUGACAAAGCCAAAUAUGACGUUCUACUGAAAUCUAAUUUGAAAUGUCAUUUAUGCUCAAAAGAGUUGAACACCAUUCCUGCCUUAAAAGAACAUUUACUAAAACAUGAACCAUCUUAA